AUUCUCGCGUGCAACGGAUGUAGUGGAUUCUUCAAGCGAAGUGUUCGCAGACGUCUGAUUUAUCGUUGUCAAGCUGGGACAGGAUCAUGCAUUGUUGAUAAAGCGCAUCGUAAUCAAUGCCAAGCGUGUCGACUCAAAAAAUGUCUCAGUAAAGGAAUGAAUAAAGAUGCAGUGCAAAACGAGCGACAACCGCGUAACACAGCCACUAUUCGACCCUCACCACAAAUCGAUUUCACAAAUUCGGCACUCCUGUUUAGAAAUUAUGAGUUGAAAAGUGGAAUUAACUGGAAUCGUUUAAGUGAUUAUGGUGGUGCGAUAACGACGACAGUUGGGCUGAAUGGUCAAACACCUGAUUCAACAUCGAUGACCACAAAAAGUACAUCACCUGUUGAUAAUGAUAACGUGGAUGGAGAGGUUACUGAUUACUUACGUAACACUCCUGGAAGAGGGUUGGAAUGUCCAUUGCUAAGCAACGCAAUUACUUCAUCGGCUAAUGUCCUCAGUUAUCUGCAAGAUUUAUUCGUUCGAAUUCGAAAUCAUAGCAUCGACCAAGGAGAGUUUGCAUGUCUCAAAGCACUCGUUCUAUUUCGGCCAGAAACCCGUGGCUUGAAGGAUUAUGCACAAGUGACCGAACUUCAAGAUCAAACUCAGCAAAUGCUUGCACGUCAUUCAACAGCUUUCGGUCCUACAAGAUUCGGUCGAUUAUUAUUACUACUGCCAUUAUUACGUACAAUUGGUGCCGACAAGAUUGAGAAGAUGUUUUUUGAAGCAACCUUUGGUGGAACACCAAUCGAAAAAUUAAUUUCUAAAAUGUACAAACGAUGA